AAUUUAAGCGUGAAAGUGUGAAAGGGUAAAGAAGGGGGCCAUGAUAAUGAUUGUUGACUUGUGGUGUAUGUUAGAGAGAUAGCAGCUUCUUCUUCUUCUUCUUCUUCUUCUUCUUCUUCUUCUCAGCACCUGAAUUCUAAGACGCUGUGUGCCUCCAUCACCAACUUCACAUAAUAGCUUACAAUAAGAGAAGGGUGAAAGGACUUAAAGUGUAUAUGGUUUUUUGGAUGGUAGUGAAACUUGGUGGGUUGGAAUGAGUGGCUUAAGGCCUGAUCAUCAGUCUCCUCAUCAUGUAGCACAGCAAAUUCGGCGUGAUAAAUUGAGAGUCCAGAACAUUUCUCACCAUCCACAAUCACAGGAUUUCCCCAACAAUUUGGAACAAUUCAACUUGGAUCUUCUUCAAGUAAGGAAUGUUAGAAAUGCACACAACAUGCUUGAUGAUGAGCCUCACCCACCACCACCAGGUGUUUAUUCAUCACAAGUGUCCAAUUUCUUAUCAACGCCUUUGAACCCUUUGGAGUAUCACGAACUAGCUACUGUUGCAGCAGCUGAACAACCUAGUAGUAGUUGCAGUAGGGUAAUGAUGCAUCAAAGUGAACUGCGCAGUUUGGGGAAUUGGAGAAGCAGUGCUAACAGUAAUCAAGGGUGUGAUUGGUUUGUAAAUUAUGCAUCAGGAAGCAGUUCUAUGGCUAAUAAUGAAAGCAAUAAUCCCAACACUACUACUCAUUUGGCUACUGAGAUGAAUAAUGUGUCUUAUAACCAGCACUAUGAGAAGCCUAGUUGUUUCAAUGAAUUCACAGAUGUAAUUGCUAAUAGAGAAAUUCAGAAGCAAUUGGGAGGAGGAGUACUUCAUCAUCCUUCUUCUUCAUCAUCGUUGUCGCCUUUUUAUCAGAAUACUUUGCAGGAUAUUGUCAAGUCCGCUUCUAUAAGUGCGCAAGGAUCAGACAGCAUGGCCUCAUUGAUGCAGCAACCUGGCCAUGGAAUUUGGGUUGGAGAUGGUAGUGGACUUGACCUUCAUCCAAGCUAUGGAAACCAACCUAAUCAAUUUCGUUGUGCCGGUGGUAAUCCUUGGACGAAUCGAACAGUUGACAACGCCCUUCGAUGGAAUAGUAGUCCACUUGGUUUCAUAGACAAGAAGGAUGAUGAACACUCUGGACGACCUCUAAUGAGCAAUUCGAAUCCUCAGAGCUUGUCUUUAUCACUGUCAUCAAAUUCACAAUCAAAGACUUCUGUGUCUCAAUUUGAGCAAGUGUCUGCAUCUGAUGAUCUUCAAUGUAAGGAUCCUCAGUACAUGAAGUAUGUAAGAGCUUUCAUGAAGCCAUCUAUAGUUUCAAGAGAUUCUGGGAAAUCACCUCAAGAUCCAGUGGGGGUGCCUUCAAGCACUAGCUAUAGGAAUGUAGGUCCCCUUGGCCCUUUCACUGGUUAUGCUACUAUUCUCAAGAGCUCAAGGUUCUUGAAAUCAGCACAACAGUUAUUGGAUGAGUUCUGCCGUAUAUCUAGUCCAAGAUUUUCAAAAUCACGUGAUGUCACACAAAGGUUAUCUGGAGAAGCUAGUGCUUCUACUUCUACUGAUGUUAUCACUGUCGAUAAUCAAACUGAGGCUGCAGCAAAAGAAGGUAGCAAUUCAGGUUCUUCAUCUUCUAUGUUCCAUGGUGCAAAUGAGAAUAAAGCAGAUUGGGGAACCGGGAGUGGUUCUUGUCUAUCUCCUCGGCCAGAUUACCAACAAAAGAAGGCAAGGCUCCUUUUCAUGCAAGAGGAGGUUACAAGGAGAUACAGGCAGUACCAUCAACAAAUGCAGAUGGUUGUUUCAUCCUUUGAGUCAGUAGCAGGUCUUAGUUCCGCCACUCCUUACAUCUCCUUGGCUCUUAAGUCGGUAUCGAGGCACUUCAAGUGCCUCAAAAAUUCCAUCUCAGAUCAGCUCAAACAUAUAAGUGAAGUGUUGGGAGAGGAUUUCUCAGUACCAAGAACCAGUACUUGUGGUAAAGAUGACACCUCUAGCAUGGGAAGAUUAAGUUGCAUGGACCAAAGCUUUCAAAAGAACAAAUCUGGGAGGGGUGGCACCGGCCUUGUUGAACCCCAGCAACAUGUCUGGAGGCCCCAAAGAGGCUUGCCGGAACAUUCUGUGGCAAUUCUCAAAGCAUGGUUGUUUGAGCAUUUUCUUCACCCUUACCCCACAGACACUGAUAAACACAUGUUGGCAACACAAACAGGUCUUUCGCGAAACCAGGUGUCGAAUUGGUUCAUAAAUGCUCGAGUCCGAGUGUGGAAGCCAAUGGUUGAGGAAAUACACAUGCUUGAAACAAAAGGCACAACAGGUGCCAACAAGAACAACAACAACAAUCACCCUGGUACUGAAAAUGAGAGAGCUUGUGUUAAUGAAGAUGGUUCCAGCAGCCAACAGCAUAGAGUAAUGGAGGGGACUCAAAGCAAGUUCGACAUGCAUUCUUUGAUUCCUGAGAACCAACAGCAGUCUCAUCAGUGUAUGGAACUUGAAAUGGAGUCAACAACCAAUGAAGAACAAUGGAGCCAAGAGAAGAGGUCUAAAUUGGAAUGUGAGAUGAGUUCAACAAGCAUGGAUGAAGGGUCACUGAUGAUGGGUUUUAUGCCAUAUAGCAGGCGUGAUCAUCAGGUUGGUGGGCUUGGAUCUGUGUCACUAACAUUGGGUCUAAGACAUGGUGUUGAAGCUGUUGUGCAAAACCAACAGCAGCAACAACAGUUACAAGAGGAGCAGCUUAGGCGUCACUUUGGAGGACACAUGAUCCAUGAUUUUGUGGGCUGAUUUUAAUUAUCUUAAUUACAUCAAUAUAUUAUUAUUAUUAUUAUUAUUGUAACCAAUUAACAAGUUGAGAUAUUAAUUAGAACACACCCUGGCUAUUAUUGUUGUCACGUGUUAGUGAUAUGACAAAGGAAAAUUUGUUACCACUUACCACCAUUAUAAUUUGCUUGAAAAGGAAAGGGGAGUGCUUUAUAUGGG